GAGAGAGAGAGAGAGAGAGAGAGAGAGAUGAGAGAGAGACAGAGAGAGAGAGAUGAGAGGACGCACAUCAUCAGAUGUUUAGCAGAUUCACUUUCGCCAUCAUUUCUGCUGUGCCGUUUUGGGUGUUUUUCCUCCCCUCCGUCGGUCGGGUUCGUGACAUUUUUGCGGCUCUCGAUGUUGUAAUCCGGGGGAAUAUGUGAAGAUCAUGCUGGCGGUGUGGUGCUUCAUGGUCUUUGCUGCAGUGGGCGAGAGGUUUGCGGUCUCAGGAGAGGACAGAAGCCCGGUACAGGAUGAAGGUAUCUGGGACUGGUUUUCCCCGGCAGGGCAGCCGGACGGCGGGGACACUGCCAUUAAGGUCACCUAUCCAAAGCGGCUGGUGCAAAAGAUCGAGUCGGAGGAGGAAACGGCUCAUGAGUACUUGGAUACCAGGGUGAAGAACAGCACUGGGAACACCUUGCCCGUCCACUUGGCCCAGAGCUGUUUCCAAGUGGCAGCGUUUGGACACAGCUUCACUCUGGACCUGGAGCUAAACCAUCACCUCCUGUCUUCGGAAUACGUGGAACGACACUUUACCCAGGAUGACAGACCCUCACAGUCGGUGGGAGCGGAGCACUGCUACUACCAGGGAAGGUUACGAGGUUUACCAGAGUCCUGGGCAGCUCUCUCCACCUGCCACGGCCUGCGCGGCAUGUUUUCCGACGGCUUCUUCUCUUACGGGAUUGAGCCCGUUCACAACGGGAGCAAUCGGGAGGAUGGCGCUCACUUAAUCCGCAGGAUGCCUGAUAUCAGACUUUCCCCCGACUGCACAGACUGUUCAGAGGACAGUGAGUGGGAUAGCAGAGGAGGUGACGGUGAUGACGACGGACCGGACCAAAGGACGGAGGAGCAGGUGUCGGGGGGGCUGAGGAGAUCCAAGAGAUCUGUUCGCAAGCCCUCUGUCCAGACUGAGACCAAAUACAUUGAGUUGAUGGUGGUCAACGACAAUGAAAUGUUUGUACAGCUACGUCGCUCCAGCAGCCAAACCAAGAACUUUGCCAAAGCGGUGGUCAACAUGGCAGAUGCGAUCUACAAGGAACAGUUAAACACAAGGAUCGUGCUGGUCGCCAUGGAGACCUGGACCUCUAAAAAUAUGAUGCUGGUAAUGGAAGAUCCGUUGAUAACGCUGCAGAACUUCAUGAAGUACAGGAAGGACAACAUCAAAGAUCAGAGCGACGUCGUCCAUCUUUUCUCAGGGCGUACAUUUCACAGUAGCCGCAGUGGGACGGCCUACACAGGAGGGGUGUGCUCUCCAACGAGGGGAGGAGGCAUCAACGAGUUUGGGAAUGUAGGAGCGAUGGCCAUCACUUUGUGCCAGAGUCUCGGCCAAAACAUCGGCAUGAGGUGGAACAACAUACGCAACUCUGCAGGAGACUGCAGGUGCCCAGAUGCGUGGCUGGGCUGCAUCAUGGAAGACACGGGAUACUAUCUUCCCAGAAAGUUUUCUCGCUGCAGUGUCGAUGAGUACACCCAGUUCCUGCUGCAGGGGGGCGGGAGCUGCCUCUUCAACAAGCCCAACAAGCUGUUGGACCCUCCAGAAUGUGGGAAUGGCUUUGUGGAGCCAGGGGAAGAGUGUGAUUGUGGAUCGCAGGUGGAGUGCGCCCGUAGCGGAGGAGCCUGCUGUAAGAAGUGCACACUUACCCACGAUGCCAUGUGCAGUAACGGACUCUGCUGCAGUGGCUGCAAGUAUGAGCGGAGAGGCGUGGUAUGUCGAGGGGCUGUGAACGACUGUGAUAUCCCAGAGACCUGCACCGGAGACUCCAGCCAGUGUCCUCAUAAUGUGCACAAGCUGGACGGUUACAUGUGUGAUACGAGUCAGGGCCGCUGUUACGGCGGACGAUGCAGGACUCGUGACGGACAGUGUCGGGGACUCUGGGGUUAUAAUUCAGCAGACAGGUUUUGUUAUGAGAAGCUGAACGCUGAGGGGACAGAGAAAGGUAACUGUGGUCCGGGUCCUGAAGGCCAGGGCUGGCUGCAGUGCAACAAGCCGGACGUCUUGUGCGGCUUCCUGUUCUGUGCCAACCUGACAAUGAAGCCAAAGUUUGGAGACCUGCAGGGUGAGGUGACCAGCUUCACCCUCUACCACCAGAACAAGUACCUGGACUGCAGAGGCGGCCAUGCUCUGCUGGAGGACGGCUCAGACCUGGGCUAUGUAGAGGAAGGCACUCCCUGCGGCCCCAACAUGAUGUGUUUGGAGCGACGCUGCCUCCCGGUGGCAGCGUUCAACCUCAGCACCUGCUCAGGGUCCAACUACGGGCGCAUCUGCUCUGACCACGGGACCUGCAGUAAUGAGGUGAAGUGUAUCUGUGACAGGGACUACACAGGGAAGGACUGCAGCGUCUUUGAUCCCAUCCCUGAGCCAACAGUCCCGACGGGCCCAGAGAAGAAAGGUCCCAGUGGCACCAAUAUCAUAAUAGGGUCCAUCGCAGGUGCUAUUCUCCUGGCAGCUAUAGUCCUAGGGGGAACAGGAUGGGGAUUUAAGAACAUUCGGAGAGGAAGAUCUGGUGGAGGAUAAGAUGUCUGUCUGUGUGUCUCUCUGUCCUGUCUACUCUCGUCUUUCUCCUCGCACUGUGUCGUUUCCGAAUCAGAGAAGAGGGGAACAGAAAAAAAAAAAAGUCUUCCACUCCUGCCCCAAAAUUUCUCUAAAUCUCUAGCGAAUAUGGUUUAGUCCACGGCCCUCGUCUUCUCCUAUCGUCUGUCCUCCUGCCCGGCUCCCUCCUCCUCUGAGCCUGCGGAGCUCCUCUCACCAUACCAGCCAAAUCACGUGUGGCUGCCGCUUCCUGCAUCGCCGCUGAGAACUGAGUCCAGGCCGCGCCGAGAGCGAGCAGGUGGCUCUUCCUAGUGGGAGACGCCGUGGUCUUCCUCCAGUCCAGUGGCUCUAAGAAGGAGAUUCGGUGUCUGUGCGCCUCCUUUAAUCACGUCUUGAUGAAAAACAUAUCAACGGUGGACCAAUUUAAUAUGAGACAUGUCUUUCCAAUGCCUGCCUGCCUGCUCACGAGCUAAACCGGCCACCAACUGAGUCCACAGUUAAAUGUUGGACUAGCACACAGACUGGCCAUCUACUAGAAUAUAAUGUUACAGGAGCUCAACCGUUUCCUGUUAUGUUGAAGGGAAAGGACCCGACGCACACUUCCUCCCAGGCCAGGCAGUGACAUCUCAAAGUGGACAAUUAUCUGUUUUAAUUGACAAAGUGUGGCAACGUGGAUACAACUGAAUCCCAUUCGACUGUUGUCCGCAUGUUUUCCAAAGAGAGGACUAAUGAUCGUUUAAAAAGAAUGGCUCAGAAACCAGAGCCCAGACUGAGUCUAUGUUCAUUGUGCUUUGUUCUUUUACCUUGAGGCGUCUGACCUGCCCCCCACCCACCCCCACCCCCCACCC